AUGACCGCCCCGUUCAAGCCAAAGCAAGCACUCGAUUUCGACGGUGCCCUCCUCCAAGAACUCCAAGGCGAUGUCAGCGAUACCAUUGCGCAACAAGUCCUCGAGGAACUCCCACCACUCACUGCAACGUCAGUCGUCCACGACAACGGCUGCGGUCCCGGCGCAGUAACCAUGGCGAUGAUGAGAAAUAACCCACCAGCAGACAAUCUCACCGACAACCCCUCGUGGCCAUUCAAAGUCGAGACAAUGGACGCCUGCAACCUCACCUUCCCAGACAACACCUUCGAUUACUCCUUCACCAACUUCGUCUUCGCAGGCCUCUCUGACGACGGCGGCGCCGCCUCGCAUAUCCUACGUACUUUGAAGCCAGUUGGCACAGGCGUUAUUACUGGGGCAGAAAUGCCAUGGCAAAUUGCGCUUAAGAACGCGCACUACAAGACACGUGGUACGGAGGAGCCAAUGGCGCAUUUUCUGAGCAAGAGUUGCUACCAGAAGGAAGAGAUUGAGCGAGCCACCAGGGCGGCUGGGUGGAAGGAUGUCAAAUAUGUGCAGAAGGAGGCGUAUCUGAUUCUUGGUACUGAUCUUGGGUGA